AAAAUGUGAUAAAAUAUGCGUAUUAAAGUAUCAAAAUUGAUAGCAUUUUUAAUAAUUUUUGUAAAUGUGAUUGCAUUGUAUUUUACAUGGAAAUUAUUUUCACAUAUAGGGGUUGGAUCCAAAAAAAUUUUAUUUCAAGAACAAUACCAAACUGCAAUUGUAAAUAAAGCACCUAGUAAACAUAUAAGUAAGUCGAUAACCGUUGUUAUUCGACAAUUCGAACUUUAUGAAAAUGAUGUUAGUGCAACAGUUGAAUCAAUUUUAUCAUUAUUUCCAAACAUACAAAUAUUUAUAAUAAGUGAUGAUAUUCCUUAUCCACCCUUAAAUAUCUUGUACUCAAACACAACAUUUAGCAAAAAUAUACAUUUUUUUAAUUUAGGUGUUAAUUUAAAUGUGCCGUUAAAGGAUCGUUUACCAUUGUUUAUGAUUAAUACGAAAUAUGUGCUAUUUAUACCUGAUUCAACUAGAAUUUCAUCGAAACAAAUUAUUCAAUCGUUAGUGAAUGAAUUAAUUAAAAAUCCAAAUGAUUUAAGUGUAGCGUUGUACUCAAAUAAUAAGAACUUUGGUUGUUUAAAGAUUGAUUUAAAUAUUCGUGAAUGGACAUUAAAAUAUUCAACAAUUGUUAAUAACAAUAAGGAGAAAUCUAUUAGUUGUGAUGCUGUUACGGGAAAACAUGCUACCUUGAUUGAAACACAAUUGUUGAAACGUUUAACGGAACCGUUUAUGUUACCAUUUCCUGAAACUUUGUACGUCCAAACGGCUGUUUUAAAUUCGAAGGUUCAUAUUAUUAAUUCAUAUUUAUGGGAUGGGAGAUCUGUUUUACAUUCACAUCAUGCUCAAUUAAGAAGAGAGCAAAUUGAAUUAUCUCGAAGAAAACAAGCUUUUGCCCAAUUAUCCAUUAAGAAAAUUAUUAAAGAAAAUGGUGUUGUUGAUUGGUAUGGAUGUACUAGAGAUACAAGUCGUUGCUUUGGAACAGUUUUUGAAUCAGUGCCGUCGUAUUUGUACAAAAACUUAUGGACUCCACCAUGUUGUUUAGCUCAUUUGCGCCGUACUGCUCGUCAUGUAUUUUCAUGUUUGUCCGAAGCGGGUGUUCGGCACUGGCUGGAAGCAGGAAGCCUAUUAGGUGCUAUGCGUGGUGGCGACAUCUUACCAUGGGACUACGAUGUGGAUAUUGGAAUAAAUCGUGAUGAUAUGCACAAAGUAGUUUGGUUAUCAAGAGCUUCGGAUCGUCCAACAACGGAUGAACAAGGUUUUGUUUGGGAGAAAGCCACUGAAGGUCAAUUUUUUCGUGUACAUUAUAGUAAAAAAAAUCGUAUUUUUGUUAAUUUGUUUCCAUUUUAUGUGAAAAAUGGUACAAUGACGCGUGAUGGUUGGUUUACUAGUCAUAAAAAUAUGGAAUUUCCUGAUUAUUUCUUGCAUCCUAUUUCUAGUAUAGAAUUUUUAGGUAAAACUGUACCUAGUCCAAAUAAUAUUCGUGAUUUCUUAGAGUUAAAAUUUGGUAAAGGGGCUAUUGAAAAUCCCCAAUAUCCAGAUCCGACUCGUUUAAAAUUCCCAAAAAAGAUAUAUAAAACGUCUGUAGCCAAUAUAGAGUAGAUAAUAGAUAGUUAAAAAUAAUUCAAUUUCAAAUAUAUCGUAUACUCUCGAUAAGAUGAAG